CGUUCCUCAGCACAUCAUUGUAGAAGAGUCAACUGUCAUUACAUUAGUGUGUGACCUAUUUGUGGAGUAGGCAUGGCCAGGUGUAAAUGGACCCGUAUGGAUUAAAUCCAUGUUGAAACUGUAGGUGUGGUGGUGGAGCCCUCCCUUCAGAGGUUUAUUUAGGACUAACAACAUGGACCCCAACCCAGAAUCCUCCAGCAGACACACCUGAGGAGGACUGUAUAAAAAGCCCAGGACUGACCAGACAGAAUCACACACCAAGACUCUCCAAAGCAUCUCCAGGACCAAGAAGCCAUCUAGAGUAUCUCCACUGUCAGAUCCAAGGAGCCAUCCAGUCUCUCUUCUCCACACACUGAAGAUGGAGCAAAGCCCCUCUCUCACCCUGCUGCUGCUGCUGCUGCUGGGCCUCUCUCAGGCCAACCCUCUCAUGGAGGAUGGAAGUGGACCAGAGAUCCUAACAGACAACCCUGAGGCUGUAGACAUCACUGAGAGAAUUCUGACCACUAAUAACGGCUCCAGUCAGUUCCUGUUGGAGGGGGACAUGGUGGCACCAACAACCAGAAACGCCAUGAUUUGCUAUAGUGCAGGGUGCUUCUGGAACAAAGGCUCCAACGGACUGGUUGAAGUGCCCUACACAGUGAGCAGUAGCUUCAGUUCCUCUGACAAGCAGGGCAUUGAAAACGCCCUCCGGGCCUUCCCUUCCAAGACCUGCAUUCGCUUCGUGCCUCGGCAGAAUCAGGUUGACUUCAUCAGCUAUGAGCCCAGAGACGGGUGCUGGUCCUCUCUUGGGAGAGUGGGAGGCCAACAGACGGUCUCUCUCCAAAUGAACGGGUGUGUUUACUUCGGCAUCAUUCAGCACGAGACUCUCCACGCUCUGGGCUUCCAACACGAACAAACCAGAAGCGACCGUGAGAAGUAUGUCAAGAUCAACUGGAGUAACAUCGACUCUAACAAUGCCUACAACUUUGAUAAACAAAACACCAACAACCUGAACACUCCCUAUGACUACAGCUCUGUCAUGCACUAUGGAAAAACAGCCUUCUCUGUCAACGGGAUGGACACCAUCACCCCCAUCCCCAACCCCAACGUGCCCAUCGGCCAGAGACAGGGGUUGUCCACCACGGACAUCCUGAGGAUCAACAGACUCUACGGCUGCUGA